AUGUCGCGGUUCCGCUUGCCGGCCGUUGGCUGGCUUUUGUGGCGCUCUGUAGCAGCCGCAGUAGCGGGUCUCGUGCUUAUAACGCGGACAAAUGCUCAAGGAGACGCGGGUCUGGAGCACGUGAUGUCCUUAUAUCGGGCAUGGGAGGCAGCAUAUGGGCUGCAGGCGGACUCCCCACUUCCCCCUUCCGCCAUCGCUCUCCCCCCGCGCGUUCCCCCUCCCCCCCACCUGGAGGACUGCGUUGCGCUGACUGCCUGGCGCUGGGCGCAGGAGCAGUGGGAAGCGGGGGAAGGGGGGGAAGGGGGGAAAUCAGGAAGUGGGGGGGAAGCUGGGGAUGUGGGGGAAGGAAAAGGGGAAGCAUCAGGGGAAACGGGGAAAGUGGGGGCAGAAAAAAAAGGGGAAUCAGGGGAAGGCUUGCAAGGAAUGGGGGGAAGGGGGAAGCUUCCCCCCUGGGCGGCGCAAUCUCACCCCCAGCCGCCCUGGAUCCUUGGGUCUGACGCGGCCAAUCUGGCGAUGACACGUGUCGCUCAGAGGGACAUCUGGGCGCACCAGUUCCCCCCCGGGGGGGACUGCAGCAACGAACGCCUCCUAUUGGUCGAUUGGCCGAGCUCGGUGCACGGGAUUGGUUCUCAGCUGCACAUCAUGAGCGCAAUUCUGAGCCUUGCAAUGCGGUUCAAAAGGGUGCUGGUUCCCUCUGGAGGGUCGUUCACUCGAGCCAGUCACGCCGAUUGCAAUGCCACAGGCACUUAUGCUUCCUUCCACUGCUACUUCUUCCCCCUCGUCUCGCCUGCCUGUGAAUACCAAGCUGAGCUGGCGGUGGCGGCGGCAGCAGCGGCCAAUGAGACGCUGCCACGUAUGACAGAGGAGAGCAAGGAGGGGGUUCUGGGUUCAGAGCAGCGUGUGGUGUGGUUCCAUGGGGAGCCUUAUAACGGAUUGCGCUUUGAAGGGGAUGUCAGCCGGUGGCCCAAUGCGUACCGUGAGCGACCAAACAGCAUAGAGCUCGUUGGAUUCGUGGGGGAGGGGGAUGAGACGAGACAACGGGUGCACUGGUGGCGGGCCCAGUCUAUUCGUUUCCUCCUCCGCUCCCCCUCCGCCUACCUCUGCCACAUCACCAACCGUGUCCGCCACACCUCCUACGGCCUCUCAGUUGCUGCCCACCUUGCCGCCUCUGCCGCCCACCAGGCCGCCCUGGCCCACUCCCACCCGGAGAUUUUAUCCUCGUUAAGAGCUGCAGCGCCGCCGUGUAUAAGUGGCGAUGGAAGCAGUAACAGCGCUGGAGCAGUGGCUCAUGAUAUAAUCGCUAACAGUAGAAGUAGUGAGGGGGUUUCUGACGUAAGCAACAGUGGUAGUGACGCUGGUAACCCAAGCAGCAGCAGUGGUAACCCCAGUGGUAACCCCAGCAGUAACCCCGGCAGUAAUCCCAGCAGGAGCUCUACUGGUAGUAACCCUAGUGGAAACCCUAAAUAUACAGGGGCAUUCCCGUCUGUAGACAGUGUUCUCAAUGGUUGCACUCUGGAGUCCAGGGCAUGGGCCGAGAGGCGACCCAACAGCUGCAGCUGUGGCAGCACAGACAGCACCAGUGAAACAAAUACGGCUGGUGUAACUGAAUCUUCCGCCUUCAGACGUCUUGCUCUUGGGGCCGAGCCGUACGUGCCGCGGCCGAUAGUGAGCGUGCAUGUGAGGCAGGGCGACAAGGGCAGUGAGAUGCAGCUCAACUCCUUUGCAGCUUUCAUGUUCUUUGCGUAUCGGCUGAGACGUGUGGAGCCAGAGUUGAGACACGUUUGGCUGAGCACAGAAAUGCAGUCUGCUAUCGACCAAACAGCCCAAUUCAAGGACUGGUCAUUUCAUUACUCGCACAACCCGCGCCAAAACAGCACCAAAUUUAUGGUGGAUUACGAGAGAGACGUGGGGCAUCAGCUGGUUGGAAUUAGCUUUGCCAAUCUGAUUAUCUCAUCGCAGUGUGAUUAUUUCGUGGGCGCGCUGGGCUCAAAUUGGAAUAGGCUGAUCAAUGAGCUGCGGGUAACCAACGGCCGGCUUUUUAGAGGAUAUGUGACAUUAAACAAUUAUGAAUUCUGA